UGGUACAAACACUGUUAUUUAUAUUUAUUUAACAUUACUAUCGAAUAAGACAAACCAGUGCUAUGAUAUUAUUAAGAGCUAAUUAGCAAUAGAAAAACGUAUGUUGCUUUCAGCCACAAAACUACACCAAAGAAACCGUUCGCCAUGGACAACAUCAACGAUCUUCCAGUAGAAAUUUUAGAACGAAUACUCAGCUACCUCAACUUUAGCGACCGGAAGAGUGCUUGCGGAGUUUGCAGCCAUUGGCAUAACGUCUUACGUACUGUGCGAUUUCAACGACAAUGCCGUAUACAUCUUAGCAACGAAUUUGACCAGGAGUUAUCAGAUAUAGAAAUGCGAGUGAUACAGAAUUACCGUAAUAUGUCACUGAGUUUAUACUCGGAUGAUAGUGAUGAUGAUGAGGACAAUGAGCAGCGUGAAGAUGAGGGCCUAAUACAUUUAAAGUAUCUCUUUGUGCCGUGUCCAGAGAUAAACAUGAAAAAGCUCUUGUUUGGACGUUUCGACCUUGAAGCGCUAACACUGUAUUGUAGCUUUGAAGGUACGCGAGAAAUACUUGAAAACCAACUAGCCGAUAUGAUUAACCUCCGAGAGCUUGAGCUAUUUACCUAUACGAAUAAAUAUUCUUCGCCAGAUCAGAGCGUGUGGGUCAUCCAUCAUGACCGACUCAAAUCGUUGAAAAUUGAUAUAAAAACUGCGAAACCGCUCAAAAUAGUCCUACCACAUCUGACAAAAUUAGAGCUGUUAUUCAACUGUCGUUACAGCUUUCUUACUAUUGAGACCUACUGCUGGCAGUUACAGUCCCUAAUUGUUCAUUUCCGAGAUCCUGAAACGAUGGACGAUAUGAUGUCCUUAUCAUUUCCUAUGUUGACUCAUCUAGAGGUAUGUAUGGAAGAAGAUAAAGAUGUUCAGCUCGGAUAUGCUCAAACUCGAAACAAGUUUGCGGAUAAGGAAAAGGAAGAAAAUUUUAUUAAAUCCAUCCCAAAGUUAAGGUCAAUGGUGAUAGGAAGUAAUUUGUUCCUCUACCGCAUAGGAAUGGCACUCUCCAAAUUCAGUCACCAGUUAGAAGAAUUAACUUUACAGGAUUUAAAAAUCGAUACCGCUGAACUACAAUCGAUUGAAAAAUUAGCAAAAAUUAAGACUAUUGUUUUGCUGUAUACAAAAAUUAUUUCUCCAACUCAGAACCUGCCAAAAUUAUAUAUGCCUCACCUUCAUCACCUGUCUCUGUUGUAUCACUCAUCAAACAUUAUAUUUGACAGCGGGCUUGCCGGGUUGAAAAUACUGAAACUGAUUCUGGAUUCCGAAAGAAACGAUAAAGUGUUGCAUAAGAUUUGUAACAACUUGCUUAAUUUGGAACGUUUGGAAUUGGUUCUAUACAACAAGUGGAGAAAACGUUGCUUACGACAUCUAAACAAUUUGAAAAAAUUAAGAACUCUGCGAAUAAGUUACUGUGAUAGCGAUAUUUAUUGGACGCAUUGUCCUGUAGUUCCUAGCUUGCAAACCAUUAUAGUCGACAAUUGUUAUAAGCUGAGAACGGAAACUUUACAGCCCAUAUCCAGAUUAUUUCCUGGUCUCGUUAGUAUUUACCUAGAUGACUGCGUUGUUACAGGUAGUGAUGAGGAUGAUGUAACUAUCUCCGCUAACAAUGUUGAGUUUGACGAGACUGAAGAAGGUAAACAAAGGUGUUACGAACAGCUAAAGUUAAUGCUGCCGCAGUGCAUAAUUUCGUUGGACGCAACGAUACUACGAUGGCAAUGUUGUAAAUAA